AUGGGAUCGAAACGGACGAAGAUACAGCUAACUCGUGAACAGGCGUACGUAGAGAGAAGUGAUGAUUAUGGUGACGAGGUUGAAGCCAAGCCUAAAAUCGCUUCUCGGGCCGUGAUGGCUCAUCGAAAAAUUGCACAUUUCAAAUCCAGGGUGGCCGGCCAAACUGGAGAUUUAAAACCUUCAAGCGAUCGAUCGGGUCCUUCGGUAAAUAGCAAAGCUUCCACUAUUACUAAGGCGACCCAGUUGAAGUCUUUGAAUGCCAACUUUCUCAAAGCCGUUAACGACGCUCUCAUGAAGAACCCUGUGGCUGAUUUGAGGCCUCUUGGUGCCAAGUAUUCUGAGUACUACUUCAAAGUGGACGAGGGAAGAAUUGAAGUGAAACAUCUUGAUGUUCCUAAAACCGAGGUCAAGCCGACUGUCACUUCUAGAGCUUUUAGCUUUAACCCUAUUGUACAAAAGCCUGCAGAGAAAUCAGAAGAGGCUGUGGGUUCCGAGCCAGCGAAACUUUCCGGGAUUUCUGGUCCUAAGUUCACGAUUGACAAGGUGCCUACAUCGGAUAAUUACGGCCUUAAGUUCGGUUACAAACCUCCUGCAGACUCUGACGAAUCUGAUGAUGAUGUUAAAGUGGAAGGACCUACUUUCAAGAUUACUGCCGAUUUGAAGAAGCCCGAUCCUGAUUCUGCAUUCAAAUUUCCUACUAAACUGCAGCUUUCUAACCAAAAGUCUUUGCCAGCAACACCUUCGGAUCAACCAAAGACCACUUUUUCUUUGAAGCCUAAGCCGACAGAAGCAGAGAAGCAAAAACCGUUAUUUUCAUUCAAAUCUACUCAAACUAAUACAGAUUUGACUUCUAAACCGGCUAAACCUGCUUUUGGUGCAACACCUUCUUCCAGCUUUAAAUUUUCAUCUGGACCUUCGGAGCCGAUGAGUUUUGUCCCUAAGGAUAAGGAUCCGGCAGCGGUUGCUACUGUUGCCCCUGCUGCCCCUGCUGCUACUGUUGUCACUGUUGCCCCUGUUGCCCCUGCUGCUAUUGUUGCUCCUGCUGCCCCUGUUACCCCUGCUGCCACUGUUGCCACUGUUACCCCUGCUACGGUUGCUCCUGCUGCUCCUGCUGCUCCUGCUGCUCCUGCUGCUCCUGCUGCUCCUGCUGCUCCUGCUGCUCCUGCUGCUCCUGCUGCUCCUGCUGCUCCUGCUGCAUUCAAAUUUGGAUCAACUGAACCAGCCAAACCAGCCUUCUCAGGCUUCAAAUUCGAAUCUACAAAUCCGGGAGUCAAAACGGCCUUCAGUUUUGGCUCAAAAACUGAUACGGUGACAGAAUCAAAACCACCCUCUCAAUUUAAUUUUGGAGCCCACAAUAACGGAUCCGUCAAUCCAUUUGCUAGCGGAUCAUCAUCAUUCGGAUUCUCAUUUACUCCUCCCAAGCCAGCGGUUACGGCGGAUACAGCGAUCGAUUCAGAAGAGUCACAGAAAGAAAAAACAGACGAUGGGGAUGAUAAUGUUAAGGGUGACUUUGCCGUUGUAAAACUAGACGAGAAAGUGGAAACCAAAACUGGAGAGGAAGACGAAAAGGCUAUAUACGUUAAGAGAAGCAAGAUUUCCAAAUAUGAUCCUGAAGAUAAAGAGACACCAUACAAAAGCGUGGGGGUUGGGGAACUGAAGGUGCUGGUAAAUGACAAGACUCACAAAGCCCGGAUUUUAGUGAGAUCUGAUGGAAACGGCAACGUCUUGUUGAAUGUACUGAUAUUAAAGGAGAUGAAGUACUCACUAAUGGGUAGCAAGAAGAAUAUUCUGCAAGUUCCUGUUGUAAACUCCCAAGGUAAGGUGGAUAUGUAUAUAGCACAGGUAAAGACUGGAGACGACGCUAAGACCUUACUAGAGAAGGUGAAGAGCUGUCAGAAUUAG